AUGCUUAUUAAUUUUAAAGAUUUCAAAAAGGAAAAACUACCUAUUGAAUUGGCGGAUGAUGCCACCAUUUCACACGCCAAGGAAUUGAUCGCUGAACAAAAACAGUGCGAUGCAUCUCAAAUAAAGUUGAUCUACGCAGGUAAGAUACUCCAGGAUCCUAAGACCGUAUCAGGAUGCAAUCUUAAGGAAGGGGAUCAGGUUAUAUUCAUGAUUAGCAAAACUAAGAAAAAGGCUGAUGUUAAGGUAACUGAAUCCACAACUGAACCCCAAGAUGAAUCUCAAGCCACUGCUUCUGCAGAAACUUCUGCAGUUGCAAAUGCACCUGCGGAAGCUACAACCACUGGUACAAGAACAGGUACUACUGCAGUUACACAAGAAGAAGGGACGACUGAUGCUUCGUUUGUCACUGGUUCUCAACGUAACGAGACUGUGAACAGAAUCAUGGAAAUGGGUUAUGAUCGUGAACAAGUAGAACGUGCGCUUAGAGCAGCAUUCAACAACCCUGACCGUGCAGUGGAGUAUUUGCUUAUGGGUAUUCCUGAAGCCAGUGAGCCAUCGCAGCAACAAGCUGAAGCUGUAACUAGUGAAGCUGGGGCGAAUGCUAAUUCUGAAGUUGCAACAGACGUGCCAUCACAAUUCACUGAACAUGAAGACAAUUUAUUUGCACAAGCAGAAGCCAAUAAUGGCGAGCAAGGUCAUGAAUCCGCUGCUGGUUUAGGUGGAGAAGAAAUGGGCACAAUCGGAUUGACUAUGGAGGACAUUACACAACUUCGUGACGUUGUAUCUGGGCGUCCAGAGGCUUUAAUGCCACUUUUCGAGAGUCUAAGCACGCGUUACCCACAUCUCCGUGAGACCAUGCUGCAAGAUCCACAAAGGUUUAUCUCUUUGCUAUUAGAAGCUGUUGGCGGUUCCCUAACCGAUUCUUUGGGUGAAAAUCUGGGAGAUGACAUAGCAGAAGGUGAUCUAGGUGAUUUCGGGGGACAAACUCAAGGCGCGCCUCCCAAUGUUACUAUCUCAGCAGAAGAUGAAGAAGCUAUCAAUAGACUUUGCGAGUUGGGUUUUGAGAGGACCUUGGUGGUGCAAAUCUACUUCGCAUGUGACAAAAACGAAGAAAUUGCUGCCAACAUGCUAUUCAACAAUUACGCUGAUUGA